AUGAUACUCAUCCCCUUAGGAGGACGCGGGACAAAAGAGCAGGACGCGGCGCUGACGUACAGCGCGCUGUGCCCCUCCACCGCCGUCAUGGUCAACUGGCGCGAGCUCAAGUGCCCGCUGCCCGCCAUCAGAAUGUCGUGGUUACAUGCGGCGGCUUUACGUGUCAACAAACGCCUGGGCAGCGAGGGUGGCGCUCUUCUGGCUCUGACAAGGAUCGACCUGGCCAACAACGAGCUCCGGACGCUGCCUGCUGAGCUGUUCACGCUCGUCAGCUUGCGGUACUUGAACGCGGCACAAAACAAGCUAGAGCGCCUCCCGCGAAGUUUGUUUUUCAGGAAACGCGUAAAACUUGACGUGUACUCAGCGCCUGCGUUGCAAGACUUAUAUCUACAGGAUAAUCGUCUCGAGGAGCUACCACCAGAGCUGUUCCGUCUGCCGGCGCUGACGACGCUGGACGUGUCCAACAACAAACUACGCGCGCUCCCGCCAGCUGUAUGGACCGCGCCCGCCCUGCGCGACCUUAGCGCCGCCCUCAACCACUUGAGGGCGCUGCCGGCGGGAGACGAGGUCAGUCAACAACAAGCUAGACUCGGAGCAGUACCAGAGACAGUCGUCUGCCGGCGCUGA